UGGUAUACAAGAAAUUUAUUUCCAUUUAAUUUUGUUAACAAAGUAUUAAGAGCAGAAGACGUAAAUGCUUUAUUUAAAUUGAGAUAUUUUAUCGUUGCUUUAUGUAAAAACUUGAAACAAUUAUUUGAGGAAAAUUUUGAAAUAAAUCAAGAAUCAUUAGAUACGAUUACAUUUUAUCGUGGAUUAAAAUUAUCUCAAAACGACAUAGAACAAUUAAAGCAGUCAACUGGCAAAUAUAUAUCAACCAAUGGAUACCUAUCAACAAGCUUUUAUCGCCAUAUUGCUGAAUUAUUUUCUGUUAAUACUCUGUUUAAAAUUACAGUUAAUACAAAAUUAAAGAAUAUUAUUUAUGCUGACAUAUCCAAACAUAGCAUGAUAUAUGACGAACAAAAAGUUUUAUUUGAUCUCGGUUCAGUAUUUCAGAUUUCUGACAUCACAUAUGAACAGAAUAAAUUGAUUGUAUCCAUGAUUGGUGUAAAUGAUGUUGAAUGUUUAAAAAAUGAUUAUCGACAAUGGUUAGAAGAAAAUACAAACAAUCCAACAUAUGGAGUAUUUCUCUAUCCAGAUCUUCUGUUUGGCCAAUGCCUAACGCGGAUGGGACACUCAAAGAAGAGUGUCCAGUCAUUUUCUACUUGUGCAAAACCACCAUUCGACAGAGCUGGUAUUCAACAACAGAACCCUACCACUGCUGCAUCGGCAGCACCGAAAAUUCCUUUUCAAAAGGAAACAAUAGCAAUUGUUAAAACCGAAAAAGAAGCCGGCUUCCAUAGUUUUCGAAAAUUUUCAAAAUUUGCCGGUAUUACGUAUGAGUGUGCUCCGAGAUAG